CCUUUCGUUUACAUUUCAAACAGAACCUUUCCAUUAAUUUGUCAUGAUUCAGAUUGCUGGUCGUUUUCUCCGUUGUAGACUAAACGCAUUUAUGUCUCUGUGCAUUUAUUCUUCUCGCUGCUCUUCUUGUUCAUCAUUAUUACCCUUCAAAACCCAUAACAUAAUCAGUAAUUCGUGUCAUAAACCUUAAUUAGUUUUUGGGUCAAGUGCCCCGAGCUUGUGUAGCUGUAGUUACAGCCUUGGGGUUGAAAGGGAGGUAAAUGAAAAGGGCUGUAUAGGUUUUGGUGAGAAAUAAAAUGAACAAGCAAAACAGCCCCUUUGGAUUGAGGGUUUGGUGAGAAAAGAAAAGAAAUCUCACCCCUUGUUUGGAUAAAUAGGUGAGAAAUGACUGGGAUUGUGUGCAAAUGCAAGGCUGAUUUUGUUUCUCACCAUUUCUCAUUAAAAAUUAUGAGAUUUCAUGAGAAAACAUAACCCUUUCUUUUCUAAGAGACCACUCAAUCCAAAGGGGCUGUAAUAGUUUUCCUCUUUUUUUAGUUCUUAUCCUUUGAACUACUAUUUCUCAUCUCUUUUAGGUAUCCAAAUAAGUGAAAGGAAUUCUCUUUCUUUUCUUUUCCUUUCUCACCCAUUUCUCACCAUCCAAAGGGAUUGUUGUUAGUACGAUUAGGUUGUCACCUUGUGGUUUCAAGUCCCAUGGAGAGAUGUUGAUUUCCCUGAUGAUGGUUGGGUUGGGAUGGGACUAUGGGAGUGGGGUAGUGUAGAUUCUUUCACCAUGUGACUAGAAAAAAUAAAGGCUCAUAUGUUGGUGAUGCAAACUUUUUCAAUCUCUUCGGAUUGAGGUUCAAAUAGUAAAAAAUAGAGUUUGAAAGAUAACAGACUUACAACUUGGUGUUAUUUUAUGAAGCACAUCAAACGGUUUCAAUGUUCUUUAUUGGUGUGGUUAACAUAUUCUAGUAAAUGCUUGUACGGUCUGAAAGAUUAGUUUAACUUAGGUUUGUGCAAACUUUAGCCGAAAAGCCUGCUCUGAUUGUGCCCCAACUACGUAAUAAAGCAAAAUGGAGCUGAAUAAUCAGAUUAAUCAUAGAAUGAAGGGGAAUAAGAGAUCUACUACAGAUAUAAUCAGUAAUCUGCCAAGUAAUGUCACUGAACAUAUUCUCAAGGACUUGCCAUUGAGGGAUGCAGUGAGGACAAGUGUCUUGUCAAGGGAAUGGAGGUACAAAUGGGUAACGCGUCCACAACUGGUAUUUACUCACCAGUUCUUCCUAAAAGGGUGGGACAACGAAAAAAUCAAGGCAGUUAUUUCCCGAGUUUUAUUGUUUCAUCAAGGGCCAUUAAUUAAGUUCAAGUUUUGGUAUCUUCCCUUUCAAUGCUGUCUUGAUGUCAAUAAUUGGAUCUUUAUCCUGUCAACAAAACAUAUCGAGGACUUCACUCUUCUUUUUCACGGUGGCCCAUCCUAUGAAAUUCCUUAUCACUUCUAUUCAUUUCUGAAAAUGAAGAGUUUGAAACUCGCUAAUUGUGUACUCAAAUUACCACCUACAUUCAAGGGAUUUAGCAGGCUUGUUAACCUUAAUUUCCUUUAUGUUAAUAUUUCUUCUGAAAUGUGUGAACUGUUCAUCUCUACUUGCCCCCUGCUAGAACGAUUGAGUUUGCGUCACUGUAGCGAUUUUGACUCCCUGGAAAUCAGUGCCCCUAAUCUCAAAUAUUUUGAAUUUAUGGGCACCUUUGAAUCACUCUCUCUCGGAAAUACAGCCCUCCUUGCGGAAAUUUCAGUUUCUUUGCUUUCUUGGGAAGAAACAGACUCCAACUGGGUGAAGUUUUUCCAUUCUUUACCUGCUAUUGAGGACAUGCACUUGGAUAGCUCCUUUUUGGAGUCAUUUUUUGCCGAAAAUGUUCCUGAGAGACUUCCAAGUACUUUGAACCAACUCAAAGCUCUGGCUUUAUCUGAUGUUUGUUAUUCUAAUCUGGAUCAUGUCUCAUGGGCUCUUUGCUUACUUAGAAGCUCGCCAAACCUACAUAAACUUCAAACCAGUAUAUUGAAUAUCACCCCAGUCCAGGAUCCUGUUGUGGAUUUUUUGCAAGCGCAAGAUUUCUCAAAAUUUUCACUGAACCAUCUUCAAAAAGUGAAGAUCCGCCAUUUUUCUGGUGCAGAGCCUGAAAUGCACUUUGUUAAGUUUCUCUUGGCAAAUUCAACGGUACUCGAGAAGAUGGUAAUAUUGCACGAGCACGAAAUGUCCGCCGAUAAAGGAUUUGCAACUCUAAAAGAGUUGACUCGAUUUCCAAGGGCAUCUUCAAAAGCAGAACUCAUUUUCGAUGUGACACCAUCAGACGCAGUUUAAGUGUGUCUGAUCCUGAUAGUUUCAGGAGUAUCUCCAAAGAUUGUAGUAUAGGUAAAUUGUGAAAUGGGCAACGAAUUUUUGCUGCUGCUUUUUUUUGUUUUUCUUAAUUUUUUGCAAGUAAACCACCUUUUAAGGUUGCCUCUGUCUUCUUGAUAAUCUCAGAGUGGAUUAUUGCACGUGAUGAGAAGAAACUUCGCUUUAAUCGUACUUUUGCAAUUUGCUUCUCAUGUCAUUUGCUUCUCAUCCGCCCAUGAGUAAUGUAGAUGAAUUUUGUGCAAUUGUUGAGCAAUUUUCUUUUU